GAUUAUCGUGACAACGGCAGCUAUGGUCCUAACGCUACAAGACCCUGGUUUGUCCCUUCUGCCUCGCCCUCGUCGCCCUCAACCCGACACUCCAUAACUCCUCUGGGAAACUGUCUGUCGGCGACGAUUAUGCCCACUGGCCCUAAAGCGUGCGCAGAAUUGCGUGCCUGAUGUUCCCUCAUCCGCCUGCCUCCAAACUCAGGUAAGGCUGCCCAGCUGGGGGACAAGGCACACCACCCGCCGAAGCCCCCGCCAAGACCAGUUGGUUCGGGCUGCAUACAAACUCAGAAGUCUGAGCGCGUACAACUCGUACGGGGAUGGAUUACCUUCUAUAACUACCUCGUCGCGCUGUCCGCUCAUCCCAUUGUCAUUGUCGACCUCUUACAACCGUAAAGCUCUCAGCUACACCACCCUUUCGCUCACCAUCAUCACGCAUAUAUAUAUAACUAUAGGUUUAUUUACCCAAAAUUAUGGCAUCACACAAUAGUCCGGACCCUUUAGGUCCUCCCAGGACAGAAUAUCUUGUUGCUGUGCUUUCUGGCUUGUGGGAUCUUGCCCGCCAUGGUAUCCAGCGACAAGGUUUAUGGUCUGGUAGUGCUUCAACCCUCGACCCUGACGAUUUAAACUCAACAUCUUUCAACAACGAAGCUCCAACAGCUGUAGACAGCACACCUGUAUUCCCCUCCCCAACCCAAACCAAUACCCCAUUGACCGCAGAACCCCCCGAAUACACCAACACCAGCUUCACCAUCGACAAUCUCCUCCGCCACGCCGCCAACCUACCCCUAACAACACCCACCACCCAGGGCUUCAUCUACAUCCUCACCGCCACCCACAACAACACCCCCCUAGUCAAGAUCGGCUACACCUCCAAAGCCGUCGACACCCGCCUCACCGCCAUGCAACGGUCGUGCCCAAGCCUACAGAUCGAAGCAGCAGCCCUACCCUCCCCCCUUUUCACCUCCACCACCACCUCCUCCCCUCCCCCCUCCCACAACGACAACAACAACCAACCCAGCAACCGCCUCAACAACAACAACAACAACCACGCCCUCCCCUCCCACCACGCCCACCACGUCGAAAAGCUCGCCCACGCCGAGCUCCGCCCAGCCCGCUACGCCUUCCGCUGCCCCGACUGUAGCCGCCGCCACCGGGAGUUCUUUGCCGUAGAUUCCGAGACGGCCUAUCGUAUCGUAGCGCGCUGGGUGCGGUUUUGUAGGGGGGGUGUUGUGCCUUGGGAGAGUAUUAGCCCUCCCAUCGCGGGAGUGGGACCAGUGGGUAGUGGUGCUGUGCUGACGGCGCCGUGGCGGGCGAGGUUGGAUGGGUAUGCUGGUUUGUUUCUGGAGGAGGCUGCGGUGGCGGUGGGGAGGGAGGGGUCCAUUGAGAAGGGGAUGGCGUUGUGGGAUGGGUUUGUGGAUGCUGGGGUUGGGGCGUGGGUUUGGCAUGACGCGCGCCGGGGUUGGGGCGUAUUGUCGCGGUCUUGGCUGUGGGCGGUGGUUGUGGCUCUGGCGAUGGGUGGUGCUGUUUGGUGUCGGUCGGUUGGUUUCGCUGCGCUGGCGUGGGCGAUGCUGGGCUUGCUCGUCGUGCUGCUUGCGCUGACGGUGUUGGCUUUGCCGACGGGGCCUACGUAUGGGCGGCCGGCGCUGUGCGAGGGGCUGCUGUGGCUGACUACGGUGGUUUUGUUGAUGGGCCUCGUGGGCGUCUGUCUGUAUCUGGGCUUGGAGUGGUGGGCGUGGGUGCUGACGUGGAUGCUAGUGGAUGUUUUUAUGUGCAUGGUUUUGGUGCUUAUGGAAUUCCGGUGUGUGGCGGCUGAGUAUCUGGGCCUCGAGCCCCUCCCGAGUGGUGUCCUUGCUGGUCUGCUGAUGAUUGUGGUGAUGAGCUGACGACAUGGUAGUGAUGGGAAUCGGCGAAGCUAUCUCGGUUUG